AUGACGUUUGCCAAUUCCAUAGAUAAUUCGCGGAGAAGAUUAGCUACAACGAAUGGCGUUAAGCAGACACCAUCAGCACCACCAACUCCUACUCAACUUCGGCAGCCCCUGGGACCGAAGAACAGCUUGGAGUACUGGAAAAAUUCCGUCGAUCAGCGAGGUGUCACAUAUUUUUGGAAUUCUCCAGCGAAUCCCUACUACGGUAUAGAAAGUAUCUAUGCGCAACAGAAGCCGACGUCUUGGCGCAGUGGACGACGACCAGCACCAUUUCCGCUUCAAAUUCCUCCACAGCCACCACUGAAUAAACCACGGACUCAAGUGACCAUCAUGUCACAGGGGAUAUAUCAAAACGUGGCAAAUUCGACGACAAUUCAGAAACCGACGGAGAUGAUGAACACCACCAGCGCCAUUGCGAACGGCAACUUAAAUUCUCCAUCUGACGCUGCCUACGCUCUUAAACGACCUCAACCAUUAAUAUGGUCCGCGCAAACGGAACCACUAAAAGAACUGAGAGCAUUGCCGUCAGUUACUCCUUCAAGUGGCGAGAAGCGAUCAGCUCGGCAAAAACCACGAUGGGGUCGAUUUAUGCAAAGUCUUUGCUGUUGUGUUACACCGCAUAUCGAAAACGGUUCGUAA